AUGGAGAGGAUGCGUCAGGCUCGGAUGUUUGGGGCGCCGUACCAGUUCAUGGCGAUGUCGCCGCCUUAUCAGUACCCUUCCUCUCAGCAGGGAGUUUAUCCCUCCCCUGGCACUCUUCGGAAUGCUCCACAAAAUGCUCAAUAUAUAGCUCUGGACAUUCAGAAACAAAUUUUUCACAUCUUUGCUCAAAAAGUGCAAAAUGAAAUUCGCAAAGAGAUUGGUGAUUCAAAAUUCUGUAUUAUUGUUGAUGAAUCUCGAGAUGUAUCCAAACGGGAACAAAUGGAUAUUGUCAUAAGAUGUGUUGAUGGGUAUGGGAUUCUGCGAGAACGGUUUUUAGAGUUGAUACAUGUCAAGGAUACUACUUCCAAGACUCUUAAAGAAGAAAUCACCACAUUUUUGUCUAAUCAUGAGCUAAGUAUUAAUAAUCUUAGAGGUCAAGGAUAUGAUGGAGCCAGUAAUAUGCGCAGGGAGUGGAAUGCACACCAACUGCAAUUGGCUCUUGUUGCUGCUGCAAGAGAAGUGUUUGAGCGUCAUGAUGAAUUACAAGAUAGACAAGUAACUGAGUUAGAACACUUGGUUGAAAUUGAGGAGGUUGAGACUGGUAAAGGGUUGAAUCAAAUUGGCACCUUGAAACGUCCCGGGGAUACUAGAUGGAGUUCUCAUUUCAAGUCCAUAUGUAGCGUUGUAAAGAUGUUCAAUGCUACUCGUUCUGUCCUUGAGAAAAUUGCUACUGAUCGUCAAGCCACUUAUGCACUUUGUCGAGCUUUGCAACAUAAAUCAAUAGACCUUUUAAAUGCUAUGGAUUUAGUUGCGAGCACAAAAUCUUUAAUUCAGAAGUUUAGAGAUGAUGGAUGGGAAAAUAUUUUACAGAAGGUACUCUUAUCCUGCAACAAACAUGCCAUCAUAGUCCCUGAUUUGCAAGUUCCUUAUUCCGAUUUUAUUCGUUCUCGGCGUAACAAAGAUGUAAUAUCGGUGGAGCAUCACUAUAGAGUGGAUGUAUUUACAGCUACCAUGGAUCAACAAAUGCAGGAACUCAAUAGUCGUUUUAGUGAGCAAAUUAACAACAUAGCUGCUUAUUGGUACAACUUUGAAUCCUAUCGAUGGUUAUAA